AAAGGACGAAUUAAGCUAAGCGUAAAGUUGAGCAACGUCGGUGAAACCGGGCCUUAAACUUGGAAAGUUACCGUGUACGCGGAAUACUAAAGUGGUGUUUGGUAUCGUCACACGAUGACGAGGGGAUUGAUGAGUGGUUAAGCAUUCGUCGGCACAUUUUGCCCCGCGGCGUUUCAAUAUUUCGCUUUGUUUGUGUCGCCCGGCCGGUGCGCGCGACAAGUUAAUUUUUCGCGCUGGCGACUUUAUUUAUCCUGAUUCUAUCACGCUAAUAUGAUUGAAAUAGACUCGUUAGUUUUCAUCGGCACGGGAUAGCGUCGAGAAUGCGUUGUGCUAUUUUGAAAAUUACACUGAAUUCCACUGCAGUGAUGCUUUGGUAAGUCCGUAAAAUACCGAUUCUCUCGCGUCGACGAGAGUCACUGUUACAGUAAAAAAACCAACGAGUGAUUUUACAUACCGUGUACACUGAAAUUGAUUAGCCUCUAUCGUAGAUUGUUCUACCUUUGGACUAUUUACAGGCUGCGGUCGAGCUGCCGCUGCAAAUGCCUGAAAGAGUUUCUCUUCUCUUUCUGUCUCUAUUAAAAAAAGAAAGGAGAAGGACACUUCGAAGCAUUUGUGGCGACAGCUCGACCGCAGUCGUGAUCGCAUGGAAUUGCGAGACACUGAUUUUUCACCCAUUUCUUUAUGACCCACCACAGACCUGGGCAUCUGUAGACCGGUGAAAGCUCUCGCGAGGAACUAGUCGCUAGUCGUUGUAUCCAGAAUACUCAGUUAUGGAAGUGACAACGGAGGAGGCGCAGGCUGUGCUCCUGGACGGAAUGGAGGGCGCUCAGUACAUCACCAUCCAGAGGGCCGACGGGGAGUCCCUGAGCAAAGGCGUGCCGCUGCUGACUCUGAACGGCGAAUUGAUCUCCGAGGGCAUGGUCGUGGACAUGAUCAAUGCUGGCGUUGGCACAGACUACGGCACCGGCACGCAGUACUACGAGGCGGAGGAUCUGCUGCCCGAACUGGAGAAUGUGAAUUGUGUGAUGCAGGACGACCGUACAGGGUCGCUCGCCGCGGCCCUGGUCGUGCAGCUGCAUCAGCAGAAGCAUCAGCAGCAGCUCCACAUCCAGUCGCAGAACGAGGACCCGACUCUGCAAGACGUGUCGCAUCUCCAGACCCUGACGCCGGUAAACUCGUACGCCAUUCAAACGGUGCCGGAACCGAGCGCCGUGCCGUCCGUAUACCCCCCUCUGCAGCCGUUCAAGAGGAUCACGCAGAACGUGAAGCAGGAGUUUAUCAACGUUAAGAGCGAAUACGACGUUGAGGUCUCCACGGAGAGCAGCGAGGACGCCACGUCGGCGUCCGGACCCAAGAGAACUCUGCCGCACAAGAAGCGGAUACCGCGUAAGCUGAAGCAGCAGCAGACGAAAAAGAACGCGGUGCGGAAAGACGGUGGCAAGUCGAGUCAGGAGAACGCGGCGAUCGAGCCGGUCAGCGAGGCCCAGGCCAAGCCGAUCUUCGAGUGCGAACUGUGUAGUUCCAAGUUCAGCAUUCAGCUCAAGUUCUUCGAGCACUUGAAGGAGCAUUACGAGCCGGUAAAACAGGAGACGCGAAUAGCACAAGCGACAAACACUAAUAUCUCGAUAUCAGUGCCGGAAACGACGCACAGUCUACAAAAUACCGUGAUCGAGGAAUUUAGUGACCCCGAAGAUAUUAUGGAGGGUAUUCGAGGCGUAGUGGAAGAAACUGGCGCGCAUAUCGACGACGAUACGGACUGUCCGCUGCCCAGUGCUAACAACGAAUCGGCCAUAUGGACCAUCACCGGCGUCACGGAAGAGGUACAACAGAGGGACCAACAAAUAAGACCACCCGUUAGCGAGAAUAAGAUCACCGAUGAGAAGGCAAAGACUGACAUUCCACAGACGGCCAAGAAAAAGAAAUCGCCGAAAACGCGAAAGUCAAGUGACGAAUUAACGUGUCCUCAGUGCAAUCGCUCAUUCCACCAUAAAAAUAGCCUAGUUUACCAUAUGCGAUCUCACAGCGGGGAACGGCCGCAUCAGUGCGAUAUCUGCAGUAAACGUUUCUUUGCUGCUAGCGCGUUGAAGGUACACAAGAGACUUCACAGCGGCGACAAACCGUACAAGUGCGAGGAAUGCGGACGACACUUUCGGCAAUGGGGCGAUUUGAAGUAUCACUCGACGAGUAUCCAUUCGGAGCAGAAGCACUAUCAGUGCGAGUUUUGCUCCAAGCAGUUCGCCCGAAAAUACUCACUGAUCGUGCACAGACGUAUCCACACCGGCGAGAAGAACUACCGCUGCGACUACUGCAACAAAACGUUCCGCGCGAGCAGCUACUUGCAGAAUCAUCGGCGCAUACACACCGGCGAGAAGCCGCAUCCGUGUGUGGUGUGCGGCAAGCCGUUCAGAGUACGAAGCGACAUGAAGAGACACAUGCAGACGCACUCCCGAACGAAAACGAAUGACAAACAAUCGUUGAACAGAAUUUUGACGGGAAAGAACACGGAUGAGAUGGAGGGCGAUAAGGGAGCGCAGGCGAAAACGAUUCAGGAUCUCGUCAGGGACUUGAAGCUGGAAGUCAAAGCGACGGGUGUUGUAGAAAUUGUCCCGCCGGAUGACAAUCCGGAGAGCAUUUUGCCGCACACGGGCGCACAAAACUUGGAAUACACCGUGACGUCCACGGCGGACACUGUAAAUGUAGACAGAGACCCUCUGGAAGCGGCUGUACGAGCUGCGCCUGAUAAUAUACCAUUUUAUUUUAUGUAAUCUUGGAAGUCGUAAGAGAGGAAAAUAUUCCACUGUACGGCAAGAUUGAUUAUUUUACGGAUUUUACGAAUAUUGACACUCAAAACAGUCUGUAGUGCAAAGAAUAUAUUUGAUUUUACAAUAGAAAAUUGGACGAGUUCGAAGCAGUUAUAAUUGUAUUUUGAAGUGAAUAUUACGUGCAUGAUUUUGUAAGACUUUUGUAAGGCAUUGUUUCGAGAGCGAACAACCGGAGACGAACACCAAUUUAAGAUUCGACAAGUAAGUUGUAUUAAUUAACACACUGCCUAUACCUAAAUGAGGCGUAAUAUACUUUCCAGUUUUUAAGAGCGACUAGAGGUUGCGAUCAAGCCGCCGCUACAAAUGCGAAGUGUUUCUUCUCUCCUUCUUGUCUGACAGACAAGAGAAGAAGAAUACAUUUUGAAGCGACAGCUUGACCGCAGCCUAAAUGAUGUGUAAGAUUAAGAGAACUUAAAUUGUUUCUCAACAACUCCAAGAUUCGUGAAAAAAAUCAUUUAUACAUACACACAUACGUAUUAUAUUGUAAUUAACACUAACCGUACUU